AUGUCUCUCCACGAACCGAUCAAGCUCCUGCCGCUCGGCGCAAUCAUCCAGUCCUUCAAGGUCGGUGACGUCGACAUUGUUCAGGGCUUCCCCACUCAGGAGCUCUACGAGAAGUACAACAGCCCUUACUUUGGCGAGACCAUUGGCCGCGUCGCGAACCGCACCAAGGACGCCAAGAUCAACUCGCUGAACGGCGGCAAGAGCUACACCCUCGCGGCCAACAACGGACCAAACAACCUACAUGGAGGCGUGGUAGGCUGGGGUAAACGAGUCUGGGAAGGGCCCAAGGCUGUCGGCAUCCGCGACAUUCCUGGCAUCGAGGGGCUGGUUGGCGGAGAGUCAGUCGAGUUCUCGUUGACGAGCGAGGACGGCGAUGAAGGAUUCCCGGGUACCGUCAAGGCCAAGACGAUCUACACGGCAGGCGAGCAGACAGUCGAUGGCAAGAAGGUGACUGUGUUGGGCAUCGAAUACAUUGCCGAGCUGGUCGGGGGCGCUGAAGAAACUGCUAUCAACAUGACCAACCACUCAUACUUCAACUUGACAGACGGCCCAUCCAUCGCCGGCACUGUGGUCGAAAUUGCAACAAACGCAUACCUCCCAGUCGACGACGGCGGCAUCCCUUCAGGCGGCAUUGCCACAUUCUCCAAGUUCGAAGGAAACAAGCCCUUCACUCUCGGUCCCGAGGAGCCUGACAUUGACGACUGCUUCAUCGUCAAUGAUAAGCCCGAGUCCGUCCCCAUCGACACCUCAUCGUUGCCCCUGAGCCGCCACGUCGCCGCGCACCACCCCGACUCGGGGAUCCACCUUGAGGUCUACAGCACCGAGCCUGCGUUCCAGUUCUACACUGGCAAGUACAUCGAUGUGCCAGAGGUCGAUGGCGUGCCAGCCCGGAAGGCGCGGAGUGCAUUCUGUGUCGAGCCGAGCCGUUACGUCAACGCCGUCAAUGUGGAUGAGUGGAAGAACAUGACGGUCCUGAAGAAGGGUCAGAAAUACGGUGCUAGAAUUGUCUAUCGCGCUUGGAAGGAGUAG